CUGAUGAUGUAAUGGUCCAGGGUGGCGCAUGCGCGGUUGCCGGCAGCGUUGGGCAAGGUUGCCGAGAGUCUGGGAUGGAGUCGUACGAUGUGAUCGCCAACCAGCCGGUGGUUAUCGACAACGGCUCCGGUGUUGUCAAAGCUGGUUUUGCAGGUGAUCAGAUUCCAAAGUACUGCUUCCCUAAUUAUGUGGGAAGGCCCAAGCAUGUACGCGUUAUGGCUGGCGCCCUGGAGGGCGAUAUUUUCAUCGGACCAAAAGCUGAGGAACACAGGGGCCUGUUAACAAUCAGGUAUCCAAUGGAACACGGAAUUGUAAAAGACUGGAAUGAUAUGGAACGGAUCUGGCAGUACGUGUAUUCCAAAGACCAACUCCAGACUUUCUCUGAAGAGCAUCCUGUACUCCUCACAGAGGCUCCCUUGAAUCCAAGGAAAAACCGUGAACGUGCUGCUGAGGUUUUCUUCGAGACGUUCAAUGUCCCUGCUUUGUUCAUCUCAAUGCAGGCAGUACUUAGUCUGUAUGCCACAGGUAGAACUACAGGCGUGGUAUUAGAUUCAGGCGAUGGAGUCACACAUGCAGUUCCUAUCUAUGAAGGGUUUGCAAUGCCACAUUCCAUCAUGAGGAUUGACAUUGCAGGACGUGAUGUAUCUCGCUAUUUACGUCUGUUCCUUAGAAAGGAAGGAUAUGAUUUUCAUACAUCAUCAGAAUUUGAGAUUGUGAAAACAAUCAAGGAGCGUGCCUGUUAUCUGUCAAUAAAUCCACAAAAAGACGAAACUCUGGAGACUGAGAAAGCCCAGUACAUCCUGCCUGAUGGAAGCACAAUUGAAAUUGGUCCUGCACGGUUCCGUGCACCAGAGCUGCUCUUUCGACCUGAUCUGAUUGGUGAAGAGUGCGAAGGAAUCCAUGAAGUCUUAGUCUUUGCAAUCCAGAAAUCUGACAUGGAUCUGAGGCGAACGCUUUUCUCUAACAUUGUGCUGUCGGGAGGAUCAACUUUAUUCAAAGGAUUUGGUGAUAGACUGCUGAGUGAAGUAAAGAAAUUGGCACCAAAAGAUAUAAAAAUAAAGAUCUCUGCUCCUCAAGAGAGGCUAUACUCCACAUGGAUAGGAGGUUCUAUUCUGGCAUCACUUGACACAUUUAAGAAAAUGUGGGUAUCCAAGAAAGAGUAUGAGGAAGAUGGAGCCAGAGCAAUCCACAGGAAGACAUUCUAAAGCACUUGUCAGAGUUGAUCCAUACACAAACUCACUCUGAUGUAAACCUUGCUUGUCUGGGUAUGGUGUAUGCCUGUGAAAAGGUGAAUGUGUGUGUAAUAUGAGAGCACAGAGGAGAUACAAAGACUGGUUUUGGGACACGUGAUCAAAAAUAAGAGGUUUUGGUCAUUUUUACUGUUUCUCCAACCCCACCCCCCCAUCCCUCUACUCUCCCCUCCAAUUGUGUUGUCAUUCUUUGUUAACAUAUUUGAUGUAGGAGUCCAGCUACAUACACUAAAAUAUGCCAAGUGUGUUUGGCUACAUCCACUCUCUGUAAUUUCUUUGAACUUUUGAUCAUAAGCCAGAGUUAGCAGUGAGAGGAAAUGAAAGCUCCUGAGGUAAUUGAGUGGAUGUUAAAAGUGCGGUAUGAAUGGUAAUUUUUAACAGGCUUUUGUUUCUAUUGCUUUUGAGACUGGUAAGGAAUUUGUAACCUAUUGUGUGUAGACAAUUUGCACGUCCUGAUGUUCCUGAAUUUUUUUAAGAAAUAUAUCAGCAGAGCUCUGUAUGAAUAUAUAUAUCCCAGUGCUUUUGGUCCAUGUCUAGUAACACUAACAUAUACUGGCUUGUGUGCCCACUAGAUGAGGUACUACUUACCCCUGCAGGCUGCAAGCAUUUUGUGAUAUUUAGUCAGGUGCUAAUGGAAAUAACGAACCAACAGGAAAACCAUUAGGAAAAAAAAAGACUUGUGGUAAAGUUGUGCGGCAUGUAAAAUAAUUUUAAGUUAUUUUUCUUUAUUCUUCUAUCUAAAUGUUUUAAGCUAAGCCUCUACAAACAGGUCAGAAACCUCAGCUUAAACAUUGGUUGCCGCAUGCAAGAAAUGUAAUGUAUUUUAAAAAAAAAGUCAGUAAUAAUAGGCAAAAAGUAAAUGCAAGGUGGUUUAAAGCCAAACACAAACAGGUAUCAUUCAAUUCAAUUCAUUCAGAUUGCCACCCCUGGUUAUAUCGUGCACAGCUCUGGUUUGCUAACUCUUGGUCCUAGGAAAGGAAUGCAAAUGGUGGUUCGGGUUGCAGUUGUUUUAAAUAUUUAUUUCCCAACCAUUGGCACUGCAGGGGUGGGGUGGUGGGUGAUGGGUUUGGGGUGGGGGGAGAAAAAAAAGGAUAUUGUAAUUCGAGUUGAUUAGAAUCAGGAACAAAAUUCAAACCUAUGGCGGAGACCCUUCCUCUUAAUAACACUCUCAUAAUGUCUAGCAUGAGAGAAACAAAAAAGUGUUUAUUUUAAAAUGAAAAUCUGGUGUUAAGCCUUAGAACUGUUUGUAGUGUCACUUGUAUCACUACAGUUGAGCAGUAAUACAUGAUGUUAUAAGUGCCAGUCAUUUUUUUAAACAAGUACAGCUGUUAAUGUCAACUGUAAUGAAGGGAACUGCUGUCAUACCACUGAACAUGUUCUGCUCAGAGUAAAUAUGACAACACGGUAGAACAGGCUGUUUUUAUUGUUUAGAGUUCAUUUGAAUGGUAGACUAAAUUGUUUAAAAAUUCUUACCUUAGCACAUAUAUGUCUUGGCAAGUCACCAAAAUUGACUAAGAACACCACUGGCAUUAGCUUGUCAUGGCUGCUGUAGAUCUAGGUCUCCUGUAUGAUGGUGAAGAGUUUGAAUAGGUCCAUUCUGACUGUAGCUUUUAUUACGUUAUCAUCCAAUGUUUUACCAUGCAAAAGUAUUGCGAACUGUGCUGCCAGGUGAUGCCACUGUACUUGAAAACCUUUAAAUAAAGCUAUUCAAAAGCA